AUUCAGAGGCAGAAAGCUAUCGUGUACAAACUGUACAGGCCGCUGUCAGCUGUUCUGCAUCCUCCUGUUACCUGGAGGUGUUUUAAGUUCAACUAAAGUCAGUUUACUCCUUGACAUUAUGGGGAAUCUUAAUUUUUAAGGGGGAACCUUUCAGCUGCGUGCUUCUUCCUACCCGGACUACUGUCACACCGGGACCGUAAAUACACCGUCGUAGCUGGUUCCAGAGGGGGAAAUGAUGGAGAUUUAACAUAUAAUCUAACAGGUUUCAAUGAAACAAAGGGGUGUUUUCACUCGACGUGAAAGCAGGGGUGUGAGUUCCGCAGGUUCCGGUGUGAGGCUGUGAUUGUAUCCGGGGAUGGAGUCGUCUCGGCGGACCCUGUGCUCCCUCUCUCUGCUAUGUGUCCUCCUGGACAUCCAGCUGGAAGGUGUCUUAGGGGCGACCCAUGUCGAGAUCGAGCACCACUUGGAGAUGGGCCGCAAACUUUUGGCUGCUGGUCAGCUGGCCGAAGCCUUAUCCCACUACCACUCAGCUGUGGAGGGAGACUCUAAGAACUACCUGACCUACUACAAGAGAGCAGCGGUGUUCCUAGCGAUGGGAAAAUCCAAAUCUGCUCUGCCGGACCUCACCAAGGCCAUCCUGCUCAAACCUGACUUCCUGGCUGCCAGGUUACAGAGAGGGAAUAUCCUGUUGAAGCAGGGCAACACACAGGAGGCCAGGGAGGACUUUGAAGCAGUGCUACAGCGCUCCCCAGACCAUGAAGAAGCUCGGGACCAGCUGAUGAAAGCGAACGAGCUGGAGGAGCUGCAGGAGGAGGCCCAUGCUACGUACCACCAAGGGGACUACAGCGCCAGCAUCACCGUGCUGGAGAGGGUCAUUGAGAUCUCUCCCUGGGAUCCGGACUCUCGGGAGCUUCGUGCAGAGUGCUACAUCCGGAUGGGCGAUCCUCAGAAAGCCAUCCAGGACCUGACCCCGACCACGAAGCUACGCAACGACAACCGCGGCGCCUACCUGAAGCUCAGCAUGCUGCACUACAGCCUGGGGGAUCACCACGAGUCACUCAAUCACAUCCGGGAGUGUCUGAGGCUGGACCAGGAUGACAAAGAGUGCUUCACCCACUACAAGCAGGUGAAAAAGCUCAGCAAGCAGCUGGACUCAGCAGAAGAACUCAUCGAACAGUUCAGGUUCCAGGAAGCCAUUAGUAAGUAUGAAACAGCGAUGAAGACUGAGCCCAAAAUCCCGCUCUACACAAACCUGGCCAAAGAAAGGAUCUGCUUCUGCCUCGUAAAGCUGAAUUCAGCUCUGGAUGCCAUAGACAUUUGCUCAGAGGCUCACCAGAGAGACCCUCGCAACGCCAACGUCCUCCGAGACCGAGCAGAGGCGUACAUCCUCAACCAGGAGUACGAGAAAGCUGUGGAAGACUACAUCGAAGCCAAAGAGUUUGACAGCGAAGGCGAACGCAAUGAUCUCAAAGAAGGGCUGGAGCGAGCUCAGAAACUUCUCAAAGUCUCUAAAAAGAGGGACUACUACAAGAUCCUCGGUGUGGGAAGGAGUGCAAACAAGCAGGAGGUCAUCAAGGCGUACAGGAAGCUGGCGCAGCAGUGGCACCCCGACAACUUCCAGUCCGAGACGGAUAAGAAAGAAGCGGAGAAGAGGUUUAUCGACAUCGCCUCGGCUAAAGAAGUCCUCAUUGACCCAGAAAUGAGGCAGAAGUUUGACGCGGGUGAGGACCCCCUGGACCCAGAGAGCCAGCAGGGUGGGGGGGGAGGAGGAGGACACGGCUGGCCUCAUCACUUCAACCCCUUUGAUUCUGGAGGCAGCUUCCACUUCAAGUUCCAACACAACUAGAGCGGAGGACUUCACGGACACUUCGAAGUCCCCCACAUUUUGGGAGGAACGACGGCGGAAUAACGGAGAAGUCCUCCUCAGAACUUCAAGUUUUCUUGAAAUUUUUAACGCAGCGGAUUCUUGAGUCGUACAGUGAAAAAAAUAAACGGACUUCUUCCCACCAACA